AUGCAACACCCGGCCCACGUAUACAGAGAGACAGUCCCCAUGGGCCCAGCUGACCUCGACUUGGACGAAUUUUUGUCUCUCAUGGAGGCGCUGAAGCCCGAAUGGCCCGGCAACUCUUACGACGUCCUCAGCAGGAACUGCGUGAAUUUUGCAGAUCAUUUGUGUGUAUUGCUGGGGGUGGGGCAUAUCCCUUCUUGGUUAUUUCGUCUGCAGCGGCAAGCAAGCAGCAUUAAAGGAGGAGCUCGUGCUGCUGCUGCUGCUGCUACUGCUGCUGCUGCUGCUGCCGGUGCUGCUGCUCGCCAGCUGCAGCGCCUAGACACCCACGCGGGGAUCUCAGCGACUGCAACUGCAGCAGCAGACGCAGCAGCAAAAGCAGCAGCAGCAGCAGCAGGGGCAGCUGUCUCCUUUGGUCGUCUCCUCAAGCAUGCACACCAGGAUGUUCGGCUCUCCGAGGAGGUGGGCAGACGCAUAGUGCAGGGCAUGAAUUUCUUCAGUGAGCGUCUCGACGAAGUCUUUGCAUGCAUUCCUUUAGAGCUACCCGAAGAAGAACUCAUAAUACCCCCUCCAUCGUCUUCAGCUUGGGCCCCUACCCUUUUAGAUAUCUCCUUUGGGGCCCCCGCAGAGACACCCAAGGAAGGGGGCCCCCUUGAGGGGGCCCUGGGGGCCCCCCAAGAGGAAACAAUGGAGGGGGCCCCCCUUGAGGGGGCCCUGGAGGCCCCCUCAGAGACACUAAAGGGGGGGCCCCCCCUUGAGGAGACCUUAGGGGCCCCUCUAGAGGAAACAAAGGAGGGGGCCCCCCUUGAGGGGUCCCUGGGGGCCCCCCAAGGGGAAACAAAGGAGGGGGCCCCCUUUGAGGGGCCCCAGGGGGGCCCUCUAGAGAAAAUAAAAGGAAGACCCGCACAUGCAGAGACCCUAGGGGCCCUUGUAGAGGUACCUGUGGGGACCACCUCUCAGGAGGGAUUGGGGGGGCCUCCCCCUCAGGGGCCCAAAGGGGCCCCCGCUGAGGGCCCCUUGGGGGCCCCCCCUGAGGGGCCCCUGGGGGGCCCUUCUGAGGCCUCCCUGGGGGUCCCCGCUGAGGACCCCCUGGGGCUUCCAUCUGAGGGCCGCUUGGGGGGCCCCUCCUGA